AUGAAACAUAAAAAUGAAAAACCAAUUUUACCAAAGCCUGAAGUUGGCAGCAUAAUUCAGACAACUACUGUACCACAGACCAAUCCACCAGCAACUAACAGAACCCCUCCUCCACAAGUUGUUCAUGUCAAUCCUAAUGGUUCACCACCUGAUCUCCUUCAGGGAAAGUCUUCAAAUUCUGGUCAAAAUAUCUCAGUCAGCCAGGGUGCAAGUCAUGGUGGAAUUUUUAUUUCUAAUUUUAACAGUGCUGGGUCGGCAGCUGCACAGGCUGUAGUACUACCAGAUGUCUUUCAAGCCAACCCACUAAAUCAGUCUACAGCAUCUUUCCCACAACAACCUAACCAAUUUCCACAUCCUCAACAGCCAUCAAAUACAUCCCAAACAGCCAGCCAGAACAACUUUACAGAUUCUACAUUUAAUACUAGUGGCCAAUCUGAUCUCAGCUUUACUGACUCAAGUUUCAACACUUCUGGUAAUCAGUCAACAUUGAGUUUUGAGUCCAAUACAAGCUUUGGUAGUCUUAAUGCUGAAAGCAUAGAUUUAGUAUCUCUAUCAAAAGACUUACAAUCUUCCAUCAAAUGCACAUUACCUUCUUCGCAAGCAUCCUUCACUUCCACUCAAGGUGGAUUUCAGUAUCAGCAAGAUCAACAUGGAGCUAGCUACAGACAGCAGAUGGAUGUUAUGAACCCUGAGCCAAGAGUUCCUAACAUACAGCCAACAGAUCUAAACUUCACAGCCCAAGGAUUUGAUCAGAAUAUGGUGAUAUCAUCACAGGCAAUGUCACAACAACCCAGUGGUUUCACUCAAAGCACUGCCUUUCACCCUCAACAGCCAUAUAACCAUCCAAUACCAUCUCAACCAACACAGUUCCAACCUGAUAUUACAAAUCAAACACAACAUGAGACCAUUCCUGAUCUACUCAAUUUCACACCCACAUCAGACUAUGGCAUUUCUUCUCCCAAGGCUUUCCAACAUGAUAGCCCAGCAUUUUAUGAUCAAAUGCAGAUGAACCAACAAGGAUCAACCAACAGCAACUCUCAACCACAAGAAGCCUCAGCAAGUGGAGAACCAGUUUGGAACACAUCUUCAGUAUCGUCAACAUCACCUAGUUAUACAGCUAAUUCACCAGGAUUGAAAGUAGAUUGUUCAUCUCCUGAAAGGAAGCCUUCCAAUCAAACCAACAGUCAACUUCAACCCGAUUUGAUAGCUCUAUUGUCUAAACAGAUGUCAAAAUCAUUACUGGACAACAUCAUGCCUCCAUCCUUAUCGCUGACACCAAGGGGAACAGGUGCUGGAUAUGGUGUUGGUAUGGAUAUGGAUGCUUUAUUGGUUCAGGCACAAGUAACAUCUGACAGUGGCACUCAGAGUCCACUAUCAUCAUCUCUGUUAGCUGACUGGUUAGAAGUUACAGGUGGAAACCUGAUAGCUGAUAUACAAGAUUUAGAACAAGAGAUGUCAACUCAAUCACCAUUACCAUUCCCUGAUCUUUAGAUACCUCUUCAUCUUCUUUAUCAUGUCUAUUAACACCUGUCAUUAAAACCGCAAAUACAGUAAUAUGGGUAAAAUAUUGAGUUGAAAAUGUAUAUUUUACCUUGAUAUCAUGGCCGAAUUUAUGAAACAAAUAAUUUUUGCCAUGCACAAAGAUCAUUGCCAGUCGACAAAGGGUAGUCUUUAUUGUUAAUAUUGUACAUUAUAUAUGGGGGGAAAUGAUUGUAAAGGAAAUUAUUGUUUAUAUUUAUUGUUAAUGUUGCAUUGUAAUGUAAAUAAAUGUAAAUU